GGUCCUGGAAUGUGCCGAGGGGCGUGGUGACAGCCCCUGCCACUGGCCUCUUUGCGCAACACCUUGGCUAUAUAACCGGCCGCCGCACUGCACCUGGGUGACUGCCUGGUCCACUGCCUGCGCAGGGAGCGCUGACCAUGGCUCCUUGGCCUGAGGUGGAAAACGCCCAGCCCAACCCAGGUAAAUAUAUCGGAGGCAUCACAGAUGGCCAACAGCCCCCCACAGAUGGAAAAGGAAAGGAUCCCAACAAAAAUGUCGCAGGGACCGCUGACACAAAGGUUGAACUUCAGUCAUACCACUCCACCGCCACCCUGAUAGAGGAGCACUCUGGCGUUGAAGACCCCUGGGACCUGCCCGAGCUUCAGCCCAAGGGGAUCAGGUGGUCGGAGAGAGACACCAAAGGGAAGAUUCUGUGUUCCCUGAGACAGAUCGGGAGGCUCGUUCUGCUCCUGAUGUUUCUCUACCUGUUCGUGUGCUCCUUGGACAUCCUCAGCAGUGCCUUCCAGCUGCUUGGAGGAAAAAUGGCUGGGAAGAUCUUCAGCAACAACACUAUAAUAUCCAACCCCCUGACGGGUCUGAUGAUCGGCGUGCUGGUGACUGCUUUGGUGCAAAGCUCGAGCACCUCCACAUCCAUCAUCGUCAGCAUGGUGGCCUCCUCACUGCUGUCGGUGCGGACUGCCAUCCCCUAUGUCAUGGGAGCCAACAUUGGAACUUCGAUCACCAACACCCUCGUGGCGCUCAUGCAGGUGGGAGACCGGAAUGUGUUCCGAAGGGCUUUUGCAGGGGCCACCAUUCAUGACUUCUUCAACUGGCUCUCCGUGCUGGUGCUUCUGCCCGUGGAGGUUUCCACCCAUUACCUGGAGGCCCUGACCAACCUGAUAGUGGACUCCUUCAAUUUCAGAAGUGGAGAAGAUGCCCCGGAACUUCUUAGAGUUAUCACGAAACCCCUUACAAAUCUCAUUAUCCGGCUGGAUAAAAAGGUUAUCAACCAGAUUGCAUUGAAUGACUCAACAGCUAAGAACAAGAGUCUGAUCAAGAUUUGGUGCAAAACUUUGACCAACGUGACUCAGGUGAAUGUCACCGUCCCCUCGAUUCAGAACUGCACCUCGCCCAACCUCUGUUGGACAGAUGGUAUCUACACCUGGACCAUCAAGAAUGUGACCAUCAAGGAGAAUAUUGCCAAGUGCCAGCACCUCUUUGUGAAUGCCAAUCUCAUGGAUGCUGUUGUUGGCGUCAUCCUUCUGGUUAUCUCCGUGCUGAUGCUCUGUGGCUGUUUGAUCAUGAUCGUCAGGCUCCUGGCUUCUGUGCUUAAGGGACAAGUAGCCAUUGUCAUCAAGAAGACCAUCAAUACUGAUUUCCCUUUCCCCUUUUCCUGGCUGACUGGCUACCUGGCUAUCUUAGUGGGGGCAGGAAUGACCUUCAUUGUGCAGAGCAGCUCAGUGUUCACGUCUACUUUGACCCCACUGAUCGGUGUUGGAGUGAUAAGUAUUGAGAGGGCGUAUCCACUCACACUGGGGGCCAACAUCGGCACCACCACCACUGCUAUCAUGGCCGCCUUGGCCAGUCCAGGCAAGACCUUGAAGUCUGCACUCCAGAUCGCCCUGUGCCACUUUUUCUUCAAUGUCACGGGUAUCCUUCUGUGGUACCCAAUCCCGUACACUCGCCUGCCCAUCCGCCUGGCCAAGGGACUGGGCAACAUCUCAGCUAAGUACCGCUGGUUUGCCGUCUUCUACCUGGUCAUCUUAUUCUUCCUGUUCCCGCUGGCCGUGUUUGGCCUCUCGCUGGCUGGCUGGCCAGUGCUAGUGGGCGUGGGGGUGCCCAUCGUCCUCGUGAUCCUUCUGGUGCUGGUGCUCAAGCUCCUGCAGGCCAGCUGCCCCCGCAUCCUGCCCAAGGUGUUCCAGACCUGGAACUUCCUGCCCAUGUGCAUGCGCUCGCUGAAGCCCUGGGACGUUGCCAUCUCCCUGGCCACCGGCUGCUGCAUGAGGAACUGCUGCUGCUGCUGCCGCAUCUGCUGCCGCUUCUGCUGCUCGCUCUGCUGCCCCAGGUGCUGCCGCUGCAGCAAGUGCUGCCGGGAGCCCACAGAGGAGGAGGAGGAAACCCAAAUCAAGGUCCCCGAGUCCUUUCGUACCAUCUCUGUGGUUGUGGAGGUCCCGGAAGGGGUCCUCAAGUCCCCAGAGGAACCCAAGUCCCAAGAGGACACCCUGAACACAAACACCACCUCCAGCCUCACAGCCUUGUAGGGGCUGCCCUUAGGUAGGAGGAGGGGCCCCAAGUCUCCCUGGCUCCCUCCUUGGUUCUGCAACGCCAUUCUCCACUUUGCUGAGAAAUGGCAUCAACAUCAACUCUGACUCUCGUUCCCCUUUGCGCAUGUGUCAGCCUGCCUGGUCACUCUGGCUCCACCCCUUCUCCCUGGGUCUCCCACUCCCAGGAAGGUGCAGAAAGAAUUAGACAAUGACACCUGGCUAGAUAACGAUCCCCUCCACCCACCCAUCCACCCACCCACCCACCCACUCCUGAUGGGCCGGCCAAUGGGACUUAUUCUCAGACGGAACCAUCUUCUGAAGUCCCAAGGGAAGAAUUUAUGGAAGGUUCUCAAAGAUGCACACACCUAGGCUUUUCUUAUUGUGAUAAAAUUCUCCUUCACCAAAGCCUGGCUGCAACCCAGAGCAGCUGCCACCCAGGCGUCCUCACCCCAGAGCAGGCCAGUUCAGGGCAAGAGGCCUUGGAGGAGGACACAGGCAUGGACCUUGCUCUCUUCCCAGUGGCCCCCAAAGCCCCCUCUCCUGGGCAGGUCUGGCUAGUCCAAGCAUUUUUACCUGCUGAGUCUUUGAGUUUCCAGGAGUCAGGAUGCACUUUGACCCACCUGUUGCCUCUUGAGAUCAGGUGUCAGCAGGGUCCGUGUGUGUGUGUGUGUGUGUGUGUGUGUGUGUGUGUGUGUCCAAGGGAAGUGCUCCUUCUUGCUCCACAUGCCCUCUGUGCCUUCUAGCGCUCCAGUAUUUACCCCUUUGCCCUCCUCAUCCCUCACCUCUAGUUCUCCCUGGAGAGGAAGCUUCAGCCAGGUCCGGGGAGGGGGAGCUAUGCCACAGCGCAUCUGUCAUGACAGGCCGGGACACCAAACCAAGCCCUCCCCUGGCCUUCCCCCGUGUAGAUACCAAUUCCCUAACUAACAGCCAUUUCUACGCCAUAUUUAUAGCCGUGCACCUGUACAGCGUUUUUAUAAGUUAUGUAGUAAUAGUAGUGGGACUUGUUUGGGGCUCUCAUUUGGAAAUGUCAAGGGAAACAAGACCCUCUGUAUUUUGUAAUGCUGGCUUUUCAACACGUCUCUGUUAGCUCUGCCCAUGCCUCCCUGUAAAUACAAAAACUGCGGCCCUCUUUGUAUUCUACAAAUUGGAUCCUUGUACCUGUAUUGAUUGUAUUUUUUUUAACUGGUUGUGGGAAGGGAAAAAUAAAGGUGAUCAAACCC